AUGGGUCUAUCUUUUGCAAUUAAAUUUAUAGUUGGCUUUCCAUGUGUUAUUGCAUUUUUGAUCUAUAAAUGGAGAAAAAGGCAUUUAUCAAUGUACAACACUAUCGAAGAUUUUCUGCAUGGAGACAACAAUUUUGGGCCAAUACGGUACUCAUAUUCCGACAUAAAGAGGAUGUCUAAUGGAUUCAAAGAGAAGUUGGGGGAAGGAGGUUAUGGCUCUGUAUUCAAAGGAAAAUUACGUAGUGGACGUUUUGGAGCAAUUAAGAUGUUGAGUAAAAGCAAAUCCAAUGGGGAUGAAUUUGUAAGUGAAGUUGGUACCAUUGGAAGAAUCCACCAUGUUAAUGUAGUGCACCUUAUUGGUUACUGCGUUGAAGGAUCAAAGCGUGCUUUAGUAUAUGAGUUCAUGCCUAAUGGAUCUCUUGACAAGUUAUAUCCAACAGACAAUAGCAUUGUCUCUUUGACAGCAGCAAGGGGAACGAUGGGAUACAUUGCCCCUGAGUUAUUCUACAAAAAUAUUGGAGGCGUCUCAUACAAAGCAGAUGUCUAUAGUUUUGGAAUGCUGUUGAUGGAAAUGGCAAGUAAGAGAAAGAAUUUAAAUGCUCUAGCGGAGCACUCGAGCCAAAUCUACUACCCCUCAUGGGUGUAUGAUCAAUACAAUGCGGGAAAUGAUUUGGAGAUAAGUCAUCAUACGGAGGAUGAAAAGAACAUAAUUAAGAAGAUGGUUAUAACAGCAUUAUGGUGUAUACAGAUGAAACCAAGUGAUCGUCCUUCAAUGAAUAAAGUCAUAGAGAUGCUCGAAGGAGAUACUGAAAACCUACAAUUGCCGCCUAAGCCUUUACUAUACCCACAACAGAUGCAUGUUGCCGACCAAAUAGAUAAUAAUUUGAAUCCAACAUGCUCGAAUGUGGAGUUAACAGUGACAUUGUCAGCUCGAUGA